CACAUGAUCAUACUUAUUUCUGUAAUAAAACACUAGAACAAUAUCCUAAUUUAUAUCGAGAAUUUAGUAGCAAAAAUGUCAAUUAUUAUGGAAUUACUGAUGAGACAUUAUGUCCAUUAUGCGAAUUAAAUCAUGAGGAUGAGGAAGGUGUAGAAGGCAGAUAUGAAACUGGGUCCUAUUAUAUUAAAUGCGAGCAACGUGAAAUUGAAAUAACUGCAUAA